CUCUGCGUCCCUGGCGUGUUGAUUUCCGGGAGACGGCUCUCAUGGCGGCUCCGGAGCAGCGAAGCGUCUGAGGGGGUUCGGCGGCCGCCGCCAUGUUCGGCUGCCUGGUGGCGGGCAGGCUGGUUUCCAUGAUCCUGGGGUUGUGCCAGCCAGGUGGUCAACAGCCACUGCUUAUAGACUUGGCAACCUCUUCUGCACCCUAUUUUCCUCCUACGCACAUGGGGAGCGAAGGUACAAGCAGCCCCCCAACAAGUGGCUGAAGACAAAUUUGUAUUUGAUUUACCGGACUAUGAAAACAUCAACCAUGUAGUGGUCUUCAUGCUGGGAACGAUACCAUUUCCGGAAGGAAUGGGAGGAUCUGUCUAUUUUUGUUAUCCAGACCAGAGUGGGAUGGCAGUGUGGCAGCUGCUGGGGUUUGUGACUAAUGAGAAGCCAAGUGCCAUCUUCAAAAUUUCUGGUCUGAAAUCGGGGAAGGGAAGUCAACAUCCCUUUGGUGCCAUGAACCUCCCUCAGACGCCAACAGCGGCCCAAAUUGGAAUCUCGGUGGAACUGCUGGAGAACCUGGCCCAGCAAACUCCUGUUGCCAGUGCUGCUGUGUCAUCAGUAGAUUCGUUCACAGAGUUCACUCAGAAGAUGUUGGAUAACUUCUAUAACUUUGCUUCCUCGUUUGCUGUUACUCAGGCACAGAUGACCCCAAAUCCUUCGGAAGCUUUCAUUCCUGCAAACGUAGUUCUGAAAUGGUAUGAGAACUUCCAGAGACGUCUGACACAGAACCCUCUCUUCUGGAAAACAUAAAUUAUGUCAUUGGAAGCGCUUUCUAAACAGUGUUACCUGAAAGACACAGCAAGUAACUCCGCUGAAGAAUUUUGGGGGGGGGGGGGAAUCAACGAUUAGUCUGAAUAGACAAACUUGUAACUUUUGUAUUACUCUUGAAAAUUAUUUAAAAUUAAAAUCCAUGAAAACUA